GACACCAAUGAACAAAACACCGUCAACUUGUUAUGUUGUGCAAACAUUCGGACCUGGGAAUAAGGACAAAAACCACGUAAAUAAACAACACUUUAACGCAUGCACGGGCGUACGUGGAAAAAAAAAGAACCAAGACCCCUUUAAGGCUUCUUCGUGAGGGCGGGGGGUGAUGUAACGCGUGCAUGAAUUAAGUAGCUCGGUGCUAAUGGCGUCAAAUGUUGUGGUAAAGUUGCAAUAAUGGCCUCCAACAUGGACAGCGGCGUGGUCUACGUGCGGGAACGAGGAAAGCUGCGGCGUGUGGGCGACAUCGUCCUCGCGCCGCCCAAGCUGCAGGCGUCGUCGUGCAGGAGGACAAACCCGUUCGUGCAGAGGAAGGAGCACUUUGUCUUCACCUACAACGCGGAGGGCAGCCUGAGGUACAGCAGCAAGUCGCUCUUCGACAUCGUCCUCCUCUUCGUGGCGGACAACGUCCACCACGUCGACUCCCUGGUGGGCUUCCCCGAGCAGAUCGGGGACAGACUCUUCGCAGCCGCCGAGGAGAACCGGGUGUUUCUCAACCCGGACGUGUCCCCCAAAGCCCUGCAGGUCUUCAGCGAUGCCUACGGAGGAAUGGUGCUGGGCUCUCUGUGUCUCAGGAACAGGUUUCCUCUACUCAGCGAGAGGAUGGAUGACAUCAAAACAUUCCAGAGUUUGAAAUGUUUAGACCUGUUCGGCUGCAGAUUAGGUGACAAUCACGAGAUCUUCCAGCACCUGACGUCCACCUCUCUGGCAAGCUGCCUGGUACAGCUCUUCAUCGGCGCCAACGGCCUGUCAGACGUGGGCCUGCAAAGACUGACGGCGCCAGUAAGGAUGAAGAGGAAGGGACUGGACUGCCUUCAGUACCUGGAUGUGUCACACAAUCCGAUCUCAGAAAGGGCUCUCAGGUAUCUUACAUGUCUCCCCAAACUUGAAAAACUUGACGCUUCCGGGACAAGUAUGAAGUUUGGAGCGGUAUUGAAGUCGACCAUUUGGGAGAUGCUGGGCCUGACUUACUCGGAGAAACCACUGGACGCCUUUGAUCACUCCGCAUGUAAAACACAAGGAUGGGCAGAACAGGUGGUGAACCAGUGGGAAACCAAUGCAGGGCUAAUGCCCAAACAGAAGAAAUUGGAAGAAUCGAGAUUGUCAGCGCUCUGCUUCUUCGGAAGGCAGAAGUUUGUCCGAGAGGUGCUGAACGCCGCCUCCUUGUCGCGUGAGAAACAAGCAACUGCAGAUGCCACCUCGGAGAAGGAGCAACGCCUGCACUUUUACAAACCUCCAGGAGGAAGCGGCGGCCCCACAGACAACAACACUUCCUCGUCCUCAACUAACGACCAAGAUAGGACGUCCAAAAGGAAAUGCUUGCCGAAAAGAUGGGGCGGCUCGAAGACAAGUCCGCCGCCGAAUCGCGUGUCCUCGUCAGUGCUGACCGCGGCAGACAUGGACUUGUUGGACAGCUAUUGAGACGUCUGUUUUUUUUUAUUGCAUUGUUUUACAUUUUUCUAAUGUUUUUUUUCUUCUUUAAAUAAAGCUAUUUUGUAUGCUUG